AUGAUAGAUAAUUGUUUAUCUUCUUGUUAAAUAACAUAUAAUGGACUUACUAUAUUAGAUUAUGCCAAAAGUGCUAUUGAAUAUUUUGUUAAAAAGAGAACAAAAAACCCAGAAUACAAGUAUGAUCAAUACCAUCUUUUUUCGUCUAAGUAAUUUUUUGUUCUUUACAUAUUGUCUAUAGUUCUUCAAUCUCAACUUGGAUACAUGAUGUUGGCCAUUUUUUACAAAGAAUUAAAACAGUGUAACCAUAAUUUGAGACCAAUUUCAAUUUAGAAGAGUGUUUCCACAAUUUAAACAAAUUUAGAACAUUAAAUGGUUAUUUAUAUAUAUAUUUAAAUUGCAGGAACUGAUAAUCUAUAUGGGGGAAGAGAUGUCUAAAAGAUAGAGUCAUCGAUAGUGUUAGUUUUCACUAAUCGUGAAUACUCAGGCCUAGAUUUCCAUAAAUUGAUAAGAUGGGAUUAUAAGCUUCUUGUAUUCUUGAUUUAACCACCAGGUAUUGAAGAGCCUACACCAAUAUAAAUAUAAACUAAUUGGCAUAACAUAGCGUAAUAAAUAGGAUAAGGUGUCUGUUUUGAAAUUUAAGAUUACAAUAUUCUCUUCUAAAUUUUAGAUGAUCCCAAAUUGAUCUCCCCUCAAAUCUCUCUGUAAUUGACAAUGUUAGAUCAAACAACUAGAUAUGAAGAAAUCUAAUCUGUUAUUGAAAAAACUAAAAUAGAAGUACAUCCUUAAUCAAAUUCUUGGCUGGUUAGAUCUAUUUAGAAAAUUAAUCAAUAAUUUGCUUAAGCUAGAUUAAGAUGUGCUCCUCACGUUAAUAUAUUCACCAAAGUCUAUUUGCCUGAGUAAUAUCCUCUUGUAGAUUUCAAUGUAAAUAAAAUCAAGUAAGUAGAAUUAUCCAUCGGUACCUGAAUAUUUUGUUGAUUUCACUGUUACUUUUCAAGCAAGAUUGCCUUAGUACAUACCAUUUUAAGAAAUUGUUAUAGAGAAUGCAAAUUUAUUAAAGUAUGUUUAAGGCAUAACAACAAACAAAAGUAAAUUACUACAAUUUCCAAUAUUCUAUCAUGAAUAAAAAGAUGAAUAAUUAACCAAAUACUUAGUUGGUUUAUUUCUAUUCUCAUCAAGUCAAAACACAAUGGAAUUAAGAUUGUAAUAAAGAUAUAUAUAAAUUUUAGCUAUUUUCCAAAUUUUUACAUUUAUUCAGAACUCUUGACUCAGUUAGUAAAUACUAGAGAUGAUGCACGAAGAUCUGUAGAGUCUAAAUUUCUGUAAUAUUUAUAAACUAUUCCAAAUUAUUAUGCUCCCUGUAUUAAAAAGAAUCUAGCAGAAUAGAACAUCUAAGUACAAUAUAUAUUGAAUUUUAUUAGAUUUCCAGAUAUUUACUAUUCUUAAUAGAAGAAACAAAUCAUCAGUUGUAUAUGUAGAAAGUUAAAACAUAUCAAGCAAAAGUGCAGAAAAUAAAAAAGAUGGCUGAUGAAGAAAACUAUAAAAAUAGAUAAUCGCAUAUUUCUAAAAAGAGUGUUUGUUGUGCUGCUUUCAGUGAAAACUAUUAGGCAAGGUUUCAGGAAUAAAUUAAAUGCGAAUUUAGAUAAGUUACUUAAAUAAGAAAGGAUAUUAAUUUUAAUAAAUUUUUACCUUAAUUUGAGAUUCAAUCAUGUUUACCCUAAAUGCCAAUAGUUCAACCAACAUUAAGAAACAUGAAUUUGGAUUUUGAUGAAGCAGAGAUCAGAUUGGAACCAUAAUUUUGUGGGAAUCCUUGGAAAUUACAAAGGAAAACCUAUAAAGAUGGUAUUGAAAUAAAGGUAAUUAUGUUGAAACUAAGAGUGCUAGAAUGAAUAAGAUGAAUAUCAAUUUGAAGAUAUGAUUUUAACAAGGGUUGAUUCUGAAAACUAAUCUCAGGUGAAAAAUAGAAGAAAAGGAUUCAUGAAAUUAAAGGAUAUCCAAGAAGGGAAUCAUAAAAAAUCAACAAUUGAAUAACCUCAAAUGGAAAUUGAAGAUUUUCAAACUGAAUCCCAACCAUCUACAAAUAAUAAUAAAUAUGGAUUUAUCAAAUAUAAUCCUUGCUAUCAAGUAACUAAUUUUCAAUAAGUAGGCUAAAUUUAAAUUGAUUGUAUAAAACAAAUUGAGCAAUCAAUUAUCCACAAAUUAUUCUUAAUCCACGAACAAUUGA